AUGUCGUCGUCGCUAUCAACGACGUUGGCCGUCACGUCGGCGUUCUGCGGCAUCGCCAUCAUUUCGAGUCUCGUCACCGUCGGCUCAUUGUUCUACGACGCGCACGGAUUUCUCGAGACGAGCCUCGAGGACAUCAGCGAGUUCAAGUCGUACGCGAACGGCGCGUGGGACGACAUGAUUCGAGCGAGCGCGCUCGAACGCAAAAAGCGAGAGUCGGAGCCGUCGUGCGGUUGCUCGCACUGCUCGCAAGCCGCCAACAAUUGUCCGCCGGGUGAAGCCGGGCCGCCGGGCGCACCGGGCGCCAAUGGCGACGACGGCGAGCCGGGCGCGCCUGGCAAGCCGGGACCCGUUGGUCCGUCGCUUCCGUUCGACGCCAAAGAUUUGCCGUGCAUCGCGUGUCCCGCCGGCGAGCCGGGACCACAAGGAGCCGACGGGCCCGCCGGACCACCGGGACCCGACGGGCAGCCGGGCGCCAACGGUGCCGACGGUGCGCCGGGUGCGCCGGGCGCCGACGGCGACGACGGCGAUGCCGGCGGUGUUGGCGAGACGGGCGCGCCGGGACCCGCGGGAGCGCCGGGCGCGAACGGCAAGCGGGGCGAAGGCGCCGCGGGACCCGCUGGGCCGCCGGGACCGCCGGGCCCAUCCGGCAACGACGGUGCGCCGGGCGAGACGGGCGCACCGGGCGCGCCGGGAAGCGAAGGAAUCCGAGGAGCGCCGGGCAACGAUGGCGCGAAGGGCGUCGACGGCGAGCCGGGAAGCAAUGGCGCCGACGGGGUGCCGGGACCCGACGCCGCCUAUUGUCCGUGUCCGGCGAGAAGCAGCAUCGUCGCCAGCAGCGCCGAAUCACCGAAAAUUUAUUAA